AUCACCUUAGAUCCUGCAAAGCUUACAUUCUCUUUGCUCGAUGGCGCCGUGGUUAUCACUCGAGAAGGAACUAUGGGGCUGGAACCUCAUUGACAGUGACGGCCUCCAUCAAAUUACCAAGGCAGAGGCGCUCCGAGCGCUGUAUCCCCAUAACAACUUCGGUCGGUCGAGUCGAUUCGGGCUGGCUCGAGUGCAUCUAUCUGAGCUUUCCGGACCGGAACCGAUUAUCCUCAUUGAGAGCAGUUUACAGUCUCACUCCGGUGUGCGGGCUCCACAAGCGACCGUCAUGUGUCAGCAAGCUAUAUGCCGAAGUCACGACUGUUCGCAUGACGAGGUCCGCGAUUUACUAUACCAGCAGGUCUUAUUGCCCAUGACUCACACCGUGUGUCUCUUCCUGAACGACCUCUCGAGCACAGACGAUACCGAGGUGAUACAGAAGCUCCUCGUAGCCUGGCAGGUACCUUCGAACGGAAUAGAUAAAUGCCGAACGCCUCAACCACAUGUGAUAGUAGUGUUGACGAAAGGGCCGGAGCGACGGGUGUCGGGCGAAAGCAUAGCACGUCUCCUUUCGUCCGCUACUGUCCCUCACAUAGCUGCCGCGAUAUCCGUUGUCGACCUGCGUGAUCGCGGCGAGUUAUCGCGAGUCAGCCGAUUUCAACCGCUCAAACACGCCGUGACCCGGCAACAGGAAGCAGCGCGCACCAUACGAGCGGAGGCCCGGCUUCUUUUCUCCGCCACCCAUCUGAAUGCCCUAGCCCGGCGGUCCCUUGAACACGCGGCACAGAGGCCUACCACUCCACUCGAUUACAUUCAAGUGAGUCGACCGAGCCAGACGAAAGAAGUUUGCGCCGCAAAACAUCUGCAUAGCUUCUUGAAGCUUGCGGAUGAUACGGGUCUUGAACGCCAAUAUGUGGCGAAGUGUGUCGCGUCCGCGAUGUUAAUGAACGCGUACCCUCCUGGAAUGCACGGAUUCGAUCCCAUCAGCAUGUUUCGUACAUUGUACGCGAAUGAUUGUAGAACCGCAUGUCAAACCUGGCCGCCAUCACCGGCAAACGCUUUCCGUCAGGCUGUCGAGCGCGAGUUCGCGGUGCUGUUCGCCGCACUCCAACAGGCACCAGGAUCGGCCAAACUCCGGGCCAGCGUUCUCCGCCAAGCUGCCUCCACCUGGUGCACGGUGAAGCCGAGCGAUUUCUGUCUCUUCUGUUUGCGACAACCACCGGUGCAUGUGCUACCCUGCGGACAUACGAUCUGUGACACUUGUGCGAAUAUCUUUGGAAAUCCAAAUGCCGGCGCCGAGUACCGUGUAGAGCUGGUCGGUUGUCGGUUGUGCCAGGCCCCAUUCUCCUUUGUCAUCCGAUUUCUCCCUCCCACAAAGCGACCCACGCUACUGGUGCUGGACGGGGGUGGUGUCCGCGGGGUGGUCACGUUGGGAUACCUCGCCGCUCUCGAAGACAAGCUCGGAGAUAAGCAGGGGCUCCGUGAAAUCUUUGAUCUCACUGUAGGGACCAGUGCUGGAGCGGUCAUUGCCGCGGAGAUGAUGAUCCGUGGAACCCGGGCCAAAGAUGCGCAGCUCAAAUUCAAAGCGCUAGCGCGGCAGAUAUUCCGCGCGAGGCGCCAGUGGCACACCUUUUUCGGGCAGUGGUGGGAGUUUGUGACCACAUGGCUGGCAGAUAGCCGGCACGACUCUCGGGUUCUCGAGGAUACACUGCGAGAUGCUUUUGGGUCGAACCAGAUGCUGUUCGAUACAGCCGCACCAAUGUCAUCUGGGACCCGUGUCGCGCUGACCGCCAGUCGUGAAGCGGAUGGCGCUCUCUGCCUCCUGGGUAACUACCGGGCAAUCCGCCAUCCAGCGGAUGCGGCUUACAAUGUGCCUGUGGCUCGCCAGGAGCCAAUGCUUUGGGAAGUGUACGUGUGCGUUUUCUUUGCUGCCGGCACAGGGCUGGUGUUGCCUAAUAAUGCUAAUGUCAACAGGUAUUUUACGCCCAAGUGCAUCCCCGGAGUGGGAAUGCUUCAGGAUGGCGGGGUCACGGCAAACUGUCCCCUGCGGGCAGCUCUGCGAGAGAGCCAGAUUAUCUGGCCGAGAUGUAUCAAACCUGAUCUCGUCGUCAGCAUUGGUACUGGUUACAGCCCUGAGCGGGCCAAUUCAGAUGGAGAAGAGAGCUGUCCAAAGCCUCGCGGAGGAUUCAUUGCUAGAGCCAUUCGCACCUUUUUGUCUUCCUCUGCAGUGGACGGACGGCGGGGCUGGCUCGACGCUUGGGACAGUGUCCCUGAGGCGAUUCGUCCCGAUGUGUUUCGACUCGAUCGAGCGAUCACCGGGUCUCUGCCCGAGCUGGAUGACAGUGAUGCGAUCGAGACUCUCGAGCCGUACCGUUACCGAGUGCCCGAGGAUCUCACAAGGGCAUGGCUGGCAAAGUCUUUCUUCUUUGAGUUGGAUGAGACUCCCACUGUCGGCCCUCAUGGCCUCGCGUGCCGGGGAUCAAUCCUGUGCGUUCGCUCAAACGUGACCACUUUGAUCUGUAGGAUCCUUUCUCACUUUCCCGGUGCUCGGUUUGUCGAUGAGAACCGUGACAUGGGUGCUGUCAGCAACACGGAUGGUUGCUCUGAAUGUGGCUACUUUCGUAAGCGUGUCUGCCUCCAUGUAAGUGGCUUGGAAGCAGAUCUACAGCUGGGUAUCUGCGGCUCGACCGAAUUUCGCACCUUGGGCGGGUUCCCCACAUCUGUCCAGGCGCUCUUAAAACACCAACAGGCUGACGCCGCUUUCGGGCGGGCUGAUCAUGGCCGAGACCUGUGGCCUCCAACUCGGCGGUGCUAUUGUAAAAGUUUCAAACGAACGCGCAAGGAUAUACUGGAAGACCAUGAAACUAGAAAACGUCGAAGGAUCGCGCGAUACUGACUCUGUGUGAUUCAUAUCUGCAUGAGAGUCACGCAUGUCGGGAGUAGAUAUGGCAAAGCGAGGCUUGCGGAAAGAUUCUGUAGCAGGAGCCGGUUGAGAUGAGAAACAGAAUCAUAUGGCAAGAUCGUGAGGCAGGGAUUGGAUAUAG